UAAAGGAAAUGUAAACAAACUGUUGUGAGGAAUCUGGUCCCUAGCUGUAAGUUAAAGUGCUUUAAACAGCUUGCGGCUUUGUUGGGUUCAUUUUAAGUUCAUCCGAGAGUCAUGAACUGCUUCCAGACUCCCGCUCGCAGCUUAUUCUCAGCUUCCAGCCCUUCGCUCUCUGCUGCUGCGACCCAGAUGUUCAGCACGUUGGACUCGGCUGCAGAACAAAUGAUGGUGCACAGAGAUUUCCAGGCGGCUUUUGACACAUGCCACAGAGGCCUGGAGAGCCUCGCCGCCCUAGAUCCCGAGGACAGCAGAUGUGGAGAGCUGAAGGCUGGUUUCUGCAUCUUAGGCAUUCAGGCACUGGCUGAGCUCAAUCAGUGGCGGGAUGUCCUCUGCUGGGUGCUGCAGCAGUACGAGCAGGAGCAAAUACCAGCUAAGAUCAUGCAGAUGUGCAUACUUCUUUACUCCAAGGUGGGUGAGCCUGCUGGGAUGCAGGAGGCAGCCAGAGUGUGGUUACACUGCCCAUUGAACAUCAGAGCGGCUGGCUUCGGGACAGUUGCAGAGCUGUACCUCCUGCAUGUCCUUGUGGCUCUGGGACAGAAGGAAGAGGCUCGGGAGCUGAUCACAGGUGAGGUUGGCAGCAGCGCCUUCACAGAAGAACAGAGACAGACGGCGCUGGAUGUCGUUGAAGAAAAAGAGCGGCAAACUCAAGACCCUCCUCUAAAUCCCAGGAUGAGUGGAAGCUCUGACAUCACUGAGCAUCCUGUCUCAUCCCAAGGUACUUUAAUCCAUAAACUUGUGGCCGUGCUCAGGUUUAUAUACAGAAAGUUCCAAAUAGCCGGCUCUGGCUCAUUCUCUCUUCGGAAGAUCUUUCUGGCUGUCGUCCUCCUCUAUAUGCUUUUGUUCCGAAUGGAUCCAGCUCUCCCGUCUUCUUUCAUGUGGAUUUCCAAAUUUCUGCAGCUGCUCAAACAGAUGUGGACUGCCAUGUUUGCACCAUAUUAUCAGUCUGUCACUCAGAGCAAAGGACUGUAGAGAACUGAAUAUGUUAGGGCUAUCAGUUUAAAUGAAUUAAAGGACUUUUUGUAAGAGAACAUGGAUGAGUUCCAUAUCAGACCUAUAAAACAUUUAAAGCUUCCUCAUUCCAGUAAUAUUUGCUUCUUUUUUCUUUUCUUUUUUUGAAGCUCCAGACCCUUUUCCGCUCACAUGACAUAAAUUCUCCCCAGGUUCUCACGAAUGCAUCCUUUGUUUGUUCAUCUCAAAGCACCACCCGCAUCAUCAUCAUGUGUAUAAUGUGUCUUUUUUUUUUUCUUUUUUUUCCCCCAACCUGGGAAGUGACUCACUGUGUCCUGCUUCAGAGUAUCUAGAAUGAUGAAUAGGGGUAAGAAAAUACUUACAGUCAGUGUUCCACU